AUGGCGGCGAGCUCGCUCGGUCUCGGCGGGCACACCUACCUCCCUUACCCGCAGGCAGCCUGCCGCGAGAUCGAGCACCACCUCCUCUCCCUCUCCGCGGAGUUCCCGUCCUCCUCCUUCGAGGCCACGCUGUCGCCCUUCACCCACGACGACGGCCGCGACGCCAUCCUCGUCAACGCCGCCGGCGCGCUCCCGGUCGCCGGUUCCCAUGUGUCGGUGUGGCUCGUCGAGGCCUACCAGCACGCUCCUCCGAUCGUCUUCAUGCCGGUGCCUGACUCGGAGACGACGCGCCCGGCGUACAUCGACAGCUCCGGCGCCGUGACGGCGCCCUACCUCCGGCACUGGCGCUGGCCGGACCAAGAGAAGUCGCUCGAGGUCCUCGUCAGGCUGCACCAUCAGCCACCAAUGCCUCAAAAGCCGAGGGAGGAGUGCUCUAUCCGGGAAGUCCGGCGCCUCGACGCCGGCACGGACACGGAGAGGGCGCUCCGGGAGCUGCGGGACGAUAAGGAUCGCCUGGAGCAGGAGCUGCAGAUGGUCUCGAUCAAGGAGGCAGAGCUGCUGGACGCCGUCGCGGAGGAGCAGCGGGCGGUGGAGAUGGAGGCAACCGAGGACGCCCUCGACCGGGCGCUGCAGGCGGGGCGCCUGCCGCUGUGCCGGUACCUGAAGGAGAUCAAGGACUUGGCGUGGGCGCAGUUCAUGGCUUGGACGGUGCCGUCGCUGCCGGAACGCCGCGGCUGA